GCCACUGCUAUGGUGCUAGCCGCCGAUAUGGGCACGCCGCUGCCGAGAGAGGUGCUAGAGAUGCAGAUUGGUCAGAUUGAUCUGCUCAUGGCCAUGUAUCCCAAUGAAGGGUGCAUCCAUCUUGGCGAAGUGUCGCGUGCGGUUCUGGAUAGCCUUCGAGGGUGGCUAGGGGAUGAUGGAGAUGCUCCGGAUGCUUCUUCGAUACCGGAGGCCCUGGAUGUGUCCAUGACUUCAGAAACAACAGACGAGCGCCCUCGGGAAGUGAAGCUAGAAAUGGCGUUUCCGCUGCGGUAUAUUGGCGAUGAUGAACCGGUUGAGCCACCGCCCGCCAAGAUACGGCUACAGCAGGCAGCGUGGAUGAGCAAAGCAGAUACUGUGGCGCUUGCUACUCAAAUACCACAAGAUCAAGACCUCUUCUCGGCAAUUGAAACUAUCAAUGAGAUCAUUUCUGCCUACGAACCGCCCCAGAAUCAAACGUCUAUCAGUUCUUCACAACCACUUACACAAGACUCCUCACUGGCACGCGUGUGGUUCUACUUUCCCUCCAUCAGCACACGAUCAAAACGUGACGACCUGGUGAACCAAGCACCAAGCUACCAGUUGACGGGGUUUCUGCUGGCCGGCAAACCGGGCAUUCUGUGCCUCGAGGGCGGCUCGCAGGCCGUCGACGACUUUAUGAAGUAUAUUAAAACGGAAAGCUGGGGCGAUAUCCCGUCCCAUCACAAAAAGGUUAGCGAGAGGUAUCGCCAGGCCAUUGAGACAAGGGCAUUUCACGACAUGACGGAAAUCACGGAUCAAUUAGAGAAACGAGGGGAGCGGAGUAACCGCAACGACAUGAAGACACUAGAAGCGUGGUUAGGCGAACGAGGCCUAGGAGAUGCCUUUGCAAAGGUGUUGAUUUAAAAGACUAUAAAGGAAAGCAAGGAGUGUACAGCAUAUAUAUACCAAAUUCACAAAAAGGCUAGCCGUUGUUGUCUAGACUAGACGAGUUGGAAGCAUCGUUGCUUAGUAGCACUUCACCCACUGCUGCAAACUCCAAAGACGGCUAGAGCAGCCCUGCGUAAUCUCCUCUUUUUGAGUGAAGCAGUAGCGCUCGGACUGGCCGUCAAGGUAGGCGAGCUCGGCGUGGGCUCUGGCGUCCUUGUCGAAGCAUGCCUCGGCUGAACGGUUUUUGAACUGAAAGUACGCGCAGUGAUCGUUGCUAAACUUGACCGCGCGGCAAGCACCGUCUUCGCUGACACGACGGUGGUGACGACGCCGUUUCAAGUCUUUCGACAAAGUCGAUGACGGCAUUGUGGUCAGGGCAAUUGCCUUUGUUGCAGCCGCCGUGGGCGGCAGCAGAGACGGCAGUGGCAGCGGCCACGAUGGUGAGAAGCUUGAAUUGCAUGGUGGUUAAAGUAGAGUUUGUUUGAGUGCUUGAGUAUUUGUGCUUGUGAUGGAUUGGAUUGAGAAGAGCUUUGAUGGAUAUGAUAGUCGGCUUUCAUACUUGUAAAUAGUGCUCUAUACUCGUUGAAUGUAAUCAACUCGAGGUGCUUGCUGACAAGCUGCCUGUUCGACGGGAUUUAUGUGCCGCUUGG